AGGACAAAAUUUCUGGGCGCAAAAAGUACGACGCGAGUUCGACUCCUUCCGAGCUGCGGUGUAUUUUAUGACCCUGGUGUCUAGUUCCCGUGCAAAUUCGUCCGGAAUUGUGCUCCCGAUUGAAGUUGGAAUCGUACCCUUCGAGGCGCAGGCGAAGUUGUCGGUGAAAAUCGUGAAAUACCGUACGUUUGGUGGAUUCAAGUGAACGCGACUUGGUCGGUCUUGAAAUUGUGGUGUAAACAAAAAAAAAAGCGUGCAUCAUCAAUACAGUGACAAUCGUGGUACGGGUUGAUUAGCGGCUAGCGUUCCGCCCCCACCAAGAUCUCUUUCGGUGACGGCAGUGCGCGCGAAUGCUUUGAACAGCACUCCGGAAGAUCAUCAUCUCUACGUCGGCCCCGGUGGGUAAUGAUAAUGAAAGAGUGGUCCGAUCUGCUCCGGGAAAUCAAACAGUGCACCGACGAGGACGAGAUGGAGUUUUGCGAGGACUUUGCCAAGCUGCAGAUGAUUUUCAACCACACGAAUCAGUUUGUGCGGACGUUCGAUAAGAUUGUGUUCCAUGGAGGAAACGAACCGUACAUCAUCGAGAUUGUGGCGCGGCUGGUAAAGUACCUCCGGGUCCGGCGCUAUCUGAACGAGAACAACAAACCGAUUAAAGAAUGCGAGCAUCAGCUGCGGAAGAUUACGCUGUUUAUGGUGCUGAAUACGGACGUCAGUUUCAAGUUUGACUUGUCCAGGGAUACGAAGCUGUGCCACCUGCUGAAUACAGUUCCCCAGCUGACGAAAUGCCUGCUAAUCAAUUGCAUUUGGGGGGCCAGUUUGGAUGAGUACUUUUACGAGAUUCUGUCGUACACGCCACAGUGGUUCAUGAUGCAGUUUAUGGACCAGGCGGUAACCAGUUUGAAGUUUUCGAAGCCGUUUGAGAUUCUGGAACGAGUGGAAUCGAUGGCAAAGGCGAUCUACUUCAGCAUCUGCCGGACGGAUAACGAUUGGAAGAAGGUCGAUCGAAAUCGGUUUGUCGAGCAGCAGCGAACGCUUUCAAAGUUGUUCGACUUUCUGAUGGAGCUGCUGCGGUUCUUCAAUACUCCGGAUACGGGCAAGUUCGAGCGGUGGUCCCGGUUGAGUAUGCACCGGUAUUAUGGAUUUGCGUUGAAGCACAUGUUCAGCAUCGUGUUGUACUGUAUGGAUUUGUAUCUGAACAAGAGCCUGUUCAAGGUGGACGAGAAGAUGGCGAUCUACCAGAUUAUGGACGAGAAGCACGUACCGAAGAAGGAGAUCCCGGAACAGUACUCCCAAGGGACGGAUGGACAUCUGAUGAAGAUCAACAACUGCCUGCUGAAUACUUUGCAAACCUGCGUGAUGGAAGUGACCGUCGAUGGGUUCAUGUACUGGGUUGAGAUUGACGUAUCUGUGGGAGCGAACGGAGACAAGGUCACCCUGCAGCAGUUCAUCGGUGAAUCGGCCUUCAAGCUUUGUGACAUGCUCAAAGACAAUGAGAUCCUUAAGCACAACGUUCUAAAACAGUUGCCAGCCAUCUCUCUGCGGCCGAAAUCCCAAGCCGAAAAAGCCAUGGAACUGUCUAUGCGAGACCUGAUGGAAAAGCUCGAAACCUGCCGGGAGCUGUUCGAACGGAGGCUCUUCUUCAACGAAUUCCUCCGCCGCGGUGCUCAGGUUUUCGGCAACUUCGAAUGUCUGGACCUGAUCGAUCAGAACAUGGACCUCAUUUCCGGCGAUAAUGUCCGGAAGCUCAUCGAAUACGACAAUCGACCGCUCGACGAAGACGAAAUGGAGCCGGACGGACCUUCCGAAGAGGCAGCCAAACUCCGCGAACUGAUCCUGAAAUCGAUCGAUUACCUUCUCCUCGAGGAAGCCAACACCCUGAUCAAGUUUAUGAUCGCAACCUACGGGCUGGAGUACGAUCGCUACCAAACGCCCACCCUCGUCGAAGAGAUCAUCGAGUACACCAAUCGCUUCAACUCCAGUUCCAUGCAUCUCGGCGACGACGAAUCCGACAUCCCGCUGCGGCUUAUCUUCCAGUGUCCCUCCUUGUUCUACCAACGGCUGACCCGUUCCCUGUACGAUACGGGCUUCAACAAUGCCAACUACAUCUUCGCCAUCACCCAGGUGAUCGCCAAAACCAAAUCCUUGUCGGUGCCCUAUCUCAGUGCCCAAGUCCGCUCCCUUCUGUCCGGUCAGUUCGAAAUCACCAAAUCCAACUCCCUUUCGGUGUUCGUCCUCAAACUCUUCGGGCUGGACCUCUUCGAGCGGAAUCACUUCCUUCAGGGCUAUCUCCUGCAAGGCGUCGACGAAGCCUUCCGCCAGUCCAACCUGAUUGCCUUGACCGAAGUGCUCGGUCUGAUGCAUCUGGUCAUCGACAAGAAUCUCAACGGGUUCAAACUAGAUUCGCUCAAACAGGUCACCCUGAAGCUGGCGGAAAUAUCCGAAAAACUACGCUACGACGUUACCAAACUGGAACCGACGCACCCGCACGGAAUCGAGCGCAUCACGCUGCUCGAAAAGAUCCUGAAGAUCAUUCCCGGACCGGUGCGGAUGCUGCGAUCGCUGAAGGAAGAAUCCAAACGCCGCUUCCGGGAGCAAACGGAGCGCUUCACUCAGAUUUCCAAGUACUACUUCCAUCGGGUGUUUGUGGAUUACGCGGCCGGGCAAACGCCGCAGGAGUUCGCCAAGUUCCUGCACCAGGGAGCCAUCGAUGAAAACACUUCCCAGACUCACGUGCGGCUGUUCCUGUCCAAGACCCUUGUCCAGUGUACGGCGUCGGAGGCGGAGCGGCUGGCACGGGAUCCGCUGCUGCUGCCACAUAUCAACGAUUCGGUGCUGAUCAUCCUGGUGCUGUUGGUGGAGAACGAAAACCACUACGAGUGCAUCAAGAGCUGUCUGGCGAACUAUCUGCAUGUGGUGCAGAAACACCUCCUCCCACCGCUACUCCUACCGGAAGCCAACCCAGCUGACCGCAUCGCGCUCGUCAAGUUCCUUAACAAGCUGAUCGCCAAGCUCCCCUCAGUCACCCGGGACCGGCUCCUUGCAGCGCUAAGCUUUGGCCUGUCGGCAAUCGUACAACAGUUCCGCACGGUGGAUUCCUCGCUAGAUCUCAGCGAGAUCGAAAAAGUAUUAAACCUGAAACAGCUGCAAUCUUCGGCGGAGGCCGCAGUAACGUCGAAGCUUCGCCAUCAACAUCUGAACCGCAGCGAUUCGUCUUCACCGCCGUCGUCGUCUACUCCGUCACCGCGUCCGCCACCGUCGUCGGUGGAAACCCAACAGCAGCAGCAGCAGCCCAACGGAACGAAAGAGGACAGCGUGGGUUCCACGGCUGACGCUACCUCGGCGGUCACGGCAAUGGUGACGGAAUAGUUUAGGUAAUAUGGGGAUUAUUUAAGGUAAGAAUCAAAUGAACUCUCGUUAAGUGGCUUCCGGCUGAAGAAACGUUCGCGCAACACAACGGUAAGUUAGGCUAAGCAAGCAAGUACACACGCAGACAUUCAACACAGAAAAAAUACGGGACAAAGCAAGUAAACGUGAUUUUAUUUUUUCUGGCGCUCUCGAGGAGGAUGACAGAGACAAACAUUAUUUAUGUUCUUUUUUUCCGGUGAAAUUUCCUAAAUUCUAGUUGUUGCUACAUUUUGUCGUAUUCCUUUUUCUUUCGCAACCACUAAAGGUAUCUUUGAAAGCUAUACAAUGCUUAAUAAACCAUUCUAAAAACGUGUACGUAUCGUCUA